AUGGCGAUGCCGGACCCAGUUGAUCCAUCAGUACUUACGUUUCAGGCGACACAUAGGAGCUUAGCUGCCUGGGAGGGCUCCACUACCCAGUUUAGAGCUCGAUCGAGCUCUUAUAACUUCAUUAGUGGAGAGGUGGAGGCCGGAGACUCAUACAUUCCACCUCACGGUUGGCGAGGCACGUUGCAAGAUGUGGCAGUUAUACUGGGACUGGCCAUUGAAGGACAAGCAGUGAUUGGUCAUGAAGAGGGACAUUGGCCAAAUUUAGUUCAUAAGCUACUAGGGGUUCGGCCAGAAAACCCUCAAGACCCCACAAAGCCGAAGAUCAUCACUGGAUCUUCGUUGAAGUUAACUUGGCUCAGAGAGCAUUUCAGCGUGCUAGAGGACGACGCGGAUGAUGUUACAGUCGAGAGGCAUGCGUGCGCGUACAUUUUGUACCUGUUUGGAUGCAUCAUGUUUCCAGACAAGAGCGGUGACUCGGUCCAGUUGAUGUAUCUCCCUCAGCUAGGAGAUUUAGAGUGGGUAGAUGAGUAUAGUUGGGGAAGUGCUACCCUUGCAUAUCUGUAUCGUAAUUUAUGUCGAGCAUCUCGUGAGGAUGCCAAGGACAUUGGAGGCUGCUUGUUGUUACAGAAAUGGUUUUGGGAGCAUAUUCAUAUAGGGAGGCCUAUAAUUCGGACGAUUCGACCCGCUGGGCAACAAGAUCAGGACGAUGAUGCAGAGGAUUAUGAACCGCUGGCUUCGCGUAUAUCUUUCGAGAUGACAUGGCAGCCUUACACAACGGCUAAGAUGGACGCUUUGCCACACAUACGUUAUUCCGCAUGCCGGUGA